CAGUCGCACCAACUAAACAUGGCCGCCUCCGCGCAGUCAGACGUGUGUGAGAAAAUUACGAAUGAAGAAAUGAAUUCCGCAAUGGAAACCGGCGAGUGCUCGGAAAAGGAAAAGGGAGGAGAACAAGACAAGAAAGACGUGAACGUAGCUGAACCGGAAACAGAGGACACUUUUAAGAAGCCGACUCUUUUCUCCGCUCCUUCCCUCACCAGCAAACGAAGCACAAACAAACACACAACAACAGAAGCACAAACAAAAGGUUUGACAGAAAACAACAAAGCCGACGUUGUGAAUACUACUAGUGAAGACUCGUCGUGUCCUGUUAAUGAAGACAGAGUCACUUUAAAAGCCCAAGAAGAAGAAGAAGAAGAAGAAAAGACUGAGGCUCCUGUCAGAACCAAACCGGAAGUUAAACCCCGGGUUCUCCCAAAAGGUCCCCCAGCUGGUAAAUUCCCCCCUAUCCCGUACGCAGAGCCGCCCUGGGGGGGCUCAGCUCCAGAUGCUCCGUAUUCUCUGGAGAUCUUGAAAAACGGCACCAUAGUGGACACCGUGCCCCUCACAGAGAGGAGCUACUUCGUGGUUGGACGUUUACCUGUCUGUGACGUUUCUUUGGAGCACCCCUCCAUCUCCAGGUACCACGCCGUGCUCCAGUACCGGAGGCAGGCCGGGGGGGAGGAGGGGGAGGAGAGUGUCGGGGAGGAGAGGGGCUUUUACAUCCACGACCUGGGCAGCACACAUGGCACCGUGGUGAACAAGAACAAGAUCCCUCCAAAGACCUUCAUCAGAGUGCGCGUGGGACACGUGCUGAAGUUUGGUGGGAGCACGAGGCUUUUUAUCCUGCAGGGUCCAGAGUUUGACGAGGAAGAGGAGUCCGAGCUGUCGGUGACGGAGCUGAGGGAGCGAGCCCAGAAACAGAAGGCAGAGCUGGAGAAGAGGAUGCUGGGAGAUGGACUGGAUGAUGACAAGGAGGAUGAGGAGGAGGAGGAGAAGGAGGAUGGUGAUGAAGGAAAAAGCAACAAGGGCCGGAGCAAACAGUCAACAGAUGACUCGGGCUGCUCGUGGGGAAUGGCUGAGGAAGCUGCACCAGAGGAAGAUGAGAACGAGGAAAACCCUUUUUCAACAGAGUUCCAAGAGGACCAGGAAGCUGCGUACCUGAAAGACCCAAAGAAGGCUCUGCAGGGCUUCUACGACAGGGAAGGAGAGGAGCUGGAGUUUGAGUAUGAGGACAAAAGCCAUGGCAGCUGGCUCUGCAGGAUAAAGCUUCCAGUGGACGACGCCAAGGGCCGACAGCUUGUAGCCGAGGUAACCGUCACGGGGAAGAAGAAGGAAGCAGCCAUCCAGUGCUGCCUGGAGGGUUGUCGUAUGCUGGAGGCCAGAGGGCUGCUGCGCCAGGAGGCAGUGUCCCGUAAGCGGAAAAAGAAGAACUGGGAAGAUGAGGACUACUACGACAGCGAUGACGACACGUUCCUGGAUCGAACCGGCACCGUGGAGAAGAAGAGGCAGGAGAGGAUGAAGAAGGCGGGCAAGAUCGAGGAGCGGCCUGAGACCUACGAGUCAUUGGUGGCCAAACUGUCCGAGGUGGAGAGAGAGCUGGCAGAGACUCAGAAAAAGCUGAGUGGUGGUAGAGGAGACUCCUCCGGCUCCUCCACAGAGGACUCGCUGGACGCCUUCAUGACCGCCGUGCGCAAAGAGGCGACGAUGGAUGCCGUGGAGCGGAGGAAGCUGCACGUGCACGUGGCGGACUUGCGCAAAGAGGCUCAGAGGCUGCGCAAACUGGUCGAGCUGACGCGACCCGCCCAGAUGCCCUCGCUGGUGCCGAGUGGAAGCUCGGAGCAAGAGAAGCCGAAGAAGACCUUGCCGCUGUUUGGAGCCAUGAAAGGAGGACGCAAAUUCAAACUGAAGACGGGCACCAUUGGGAAGUUGCCUCCUAAGCGCGCCAACUUGCCCGCGGAGCUGUUCAUCAUGAAAGAGCUUGCACCUGCUGGAGAGGAGGUAGAAGAAGAGGAGGAGGAGGAGGAGGAGGAGGCGGGGAAGAAAGCCAAGGGGAACGACGAUGAAGACUGUGAAGAUAUUACCGACAUGAAUGUUGACUGCGCAGAGUCCAGUGCAUCCACGUCUGGAGACGGCUCUCCCACAGGACGGCGGCCGGCAAAGUCCCAGAAGCAGAAAGAGCAAAGCCACAAACAGAGGAGAAGUCAUGAGUCUGCAGAAACAGUGGAGCAGCUUCCUCAGAUCAGCAGCAGCAAGAACAAGACUGUGGUCCCGUCCAGUUCAGAGUCCAGGGCAGAAGCUGACACAGAGCCUGCAGCAGAGCCAAGACCUAAAAAGAACGUGAAGAAGAAAGCGAUCGGUCCCAGCAGGCCACCAGUGCAGCUCUCAGGACAGUAUCCAGAAGAUGACCCAGAUUAUUGUGUCUGGGUUCCUCCAUCAGAUCAGAGCGGAGACGGCCGCACACACCUCAACGACAAGUACGGCUAUUGAGCUCUCGUGUGUCGACUCCAUCAGCUUUUAUACAGCAGAUAAUACCUGCAACACAAAAGCCUCCUGUCUACUACACUCUAACCUUUAACCCCCCUCAAAGCCAUCCCAGUCCCCGUGUGUUUGUGUUGACAAGAAGAGACUCAGACACACCGGGACUUGCAGAGAUACUAUCUGCUUCUUUUAUUUAUCAUUUGGGGGAUAUUUGCAUUCUGGGAAAGCAAUCUAUUCCACUUAACAUUAAAGUGUGCAGCCUGGGGAAUUACCCCCCUCAGAGCACUGGGCAGUCAGCCUUCUGGCACUCCCCCCCCCCCCCCCUCCACACUGAUAAUAACAGAGAUGUGAAGCACAUGAAUUGUGUUCUUUUUAUUUGUAUGCUAUAUCAUUCAGGCAGAAAAUAGAAAGGGACAGAGCGGGAGUGGUCACUGAUCUGAAUUCAGCUUUGUGCUCUCUGGCUGCUCCUCUUGCAGUUAAGUCCACCUGACAUCCAAUCUGCAUCGCUCCCCUAUUUGGCUUGAGUCGAUCGCUGGCAUCACCUUUUCUUUUCCUCCAAAGCAGAGUGUGUAGUAAGGAGUGAGAGAGAGAGAGAGGGAGAGCAUUGAAGCAGCUUUUCUGACCAUCUGGACACUUGGAUGGCUUACUGGAUGAAACGCAAGCUGAUAAUGACUCAAGCUAAGUGGAGUGUGUGUGUGUGAGUCUACGAUGACACACACUUACACACAGCCCAACCUUCUCGAAGUUCUCUUUUUAAC